AUGUCUGCCCCGACUACUAACGGCGCCCCCAAGCCCAAGCCCAAGGCUAAGUUCACCAUCCGCGCGGUGACGGACCACGAAGUCGUCAACAACCAUCUUUGGAUCACCUGCGACUUCUACGAGUCCAUUAUCGGUGACCAGAUCCCCGCGGACGGGCUCAUGGACAACGCCGUCGUGGUCGAGUAUCUCGCCACCACCAAGAACCCGCCCAUCCCCCUCCCUAACGGCCGCGGCUGGGUCAACCAGGCGCCGAAGGUCAAGUUCCUUGACAUCCCCGAGCCGCCGCUUGACCCCGAGGAGAAGAAGCACAAGAUCGUCCGCAUCUUCAAGGCCGACGGCGUCAAGAUGGUCGAGUACAAGUACAACGGGGCCACUCGCCAGAUGACCUUCAACGAGGCGAACGCCAAGAUCCCCAACCGUCUCCGCGACCACCUUUGCACCCUCGCCUUCGCUGGGCUCAUGGACGCCACCAUCGAGUAG